AUGAGGCUGGUCGUGCAACGUGUCAAAUCGGCUUCGGUAACAGUCGACGAUCACGUCGUUUCCCGGAUUGGGCCCGGCAUACUCGCCCUCGUUGGCCUGCACGAAGACGACACCGAGGGUGACUUGGAGUACUGUUGCAAGCGAUUGCUCGGGUGCAAACUAUGGGCCAACGGUUCGGGUAGCAUGUGGCGACAUUCCGUCAAACAAAAAGACUUUGAGUUGUUGUGCGUCAGUCAAUUCACCCUCUACGGUACUUUGUCGAGCAAGAAGCAUCAACCGGACUACAAGCGUUCAAUGAAAAGCGUACCGGCCGAAGCCUUGUACCGAAAGUUCCUGCACUUGCUGCGGGAGCAGUACGAGGAGGAAAAGAUUUUGGAUGGACGGUUUGGUGCGAUGAUGGACGUCGAGCUCGUCAAUGAUGGACCGGUGACUCUGGUGAUCGAAAGUAUACCAACACCACCGACGAUGGAAGACAAUGCUGGAAGGCAAGAAGGGGCCGAAUAG